AUGUUCGGGUUGGACCUGAACGUCAACCUGAGGGACGGCGGCGGCGGCCGCGGCGGAAGCGCGGAAGGCGGAGGGGAAUCGGGGAGGAAAAGACGCGUGCGCGGCAAUGAUGAGGGCCGGGAACUGUUCCGAAAGAUGGCGACGGCCUUGGUGACGACCCUCCAGAACGAGACGAGGGACGCUUGGGAGCUCGGGGCGGAGGCCGCGAGGAUCUGGCCGGCCUACAAGCGGUCCGCCGAAGACGGCUGCUACGACGCUCAUCUCGCCGCCGCCUUGAAGCCUCUCCUGACGGAGACUACCAAACGCCUGCACGGUUUCGGACGCCAGGACGACGACAAGCGGCAGAACCAGAACAACAACAGCAAGGACAAGAGGGGGAGGAACGGCGAUGCGAAGAAGGAGGGCAGAGUCAAGCCGAACGGCCUGGGGCUCUCCCGGAGCGGGAAACACCUCCUGGUAUCGGCUUAUCUGGCCAGCCACAACUCCAGGGACACAGAUCGCGACAUGUUCACUGCCAAGAGCACGAAGAGAUCGAAGCGACAAAGGUCGACGAGAUCGAGCGCCGGAAAUGCGGAAAACCUCGUGGAGGCCGGGCGUUUUCGUUCGCGGAUCGCUGAACACUUCAAGGUGCAGGACCUGCCGGAAGCGAGAGAGUUCCAGCUAGAGAGGCUUUUGUCGAUCAUGUCGUCCAUCGUGGCCGUUACCGAGGCGGGAACCAAGGCCGCCAACAGCAUGGGAAGCACGGAGCUCUUCGCGCAGAUCAAGUCGUUGACGAAGCUCAACCUGAUGAGAGACUGCGGACAGCGGAAGAGCUUUGACCUGGACUGUCCGAGCUACAGGUGCAACAUUUCCAGAGAGCUGGCGGAGGCCGUCGCGAAGGAAAUCGGCCUCGACCUGUCGCAGUACCUCGUCACGGCGUAA